GACGAAAUGUACCGAGUGUUGUGGCCCGUCUGAUGGGAAUGGAUAUGUUAUCAUUAGAUACAAAAUCUGUAGCUCGGCAGGAUGGAAAAAAGAAUCAAAAGACAGGAACCAAUUUGCAUAAGAAGGAUCAGAAUAAAAAAGGCUCAGGUGGCCAUGUCCAUUGUAACUCAAAUUCUUCUAGACAGAUGGAGUUUAAUUCCUUUCAACGUAACAAGGACAAUGAUCCUGAUAGUCACCAUGUUCACGUGAAGUUGAAAAAGCCAAGGUCACGAGAACAUCCUCAAGAGGAGGAACUACAGAAGUUUAAGAAAGAAUUUGUAGCAUGUCAAGCAGUAAGGAUCAGGGAAUGCUCAAAGGUUGUUGAACUUGACAGAAUUCCUAGCCAGUGGCUUGCUCAAGAAGCCCUCAACAAGGAAAAGGUUGCUCUCUAUUCAAAUUCAAGAAGAAUUACAGCAAGUGAGAAGCCUAUAGAUUUUAUGGGUCAUGCAGUAAAAGCAAGCCCAUGUGAAAGUGGGUUGCAACAUCAUGGAUUUAGGAAGGAACUUUUUCCAUCUGAGCAGAAGGAAUCAUAUUCUUCAAGGAACCGAACCCUAAUUAGAGAUUUUGAGCAGCCAUCUCUGAUUAAUUCCGACCAGAAGCUGGAUAUAUCUUCUGCUCCAACAAGGAUAGUGAUCCUGAGGCCUGGCCCUGAGCAGAUCAGUGACAAUGAAGAGUCGUGGGUUAGUUCCUCAGGCAUUUCAGAAGAGAGAGGUGGUAUAGAAGAUUUUCUUGAGGAGGUAAAGGCAAGGCUAAAAUGCGAGCUUCAAGGGAAAAUUAAAAGGGGAACCAUGGUUAGAAGAGGUGGAAAUGAGAACCCUUAUAGUGAAAACCCAUCAGAUCCAAAACAAUUAGCUCAAUGUAUAGCGAAACAGGUCAGAGAUAGUGUUACUAGGGAUCUUGGAAUGAAUUUGCCUAGAUCAGAAUCUACAAGAUCUUACAGAAGUGAGAUUCAGUAUGAUGGACCAGGUUCUCCUGAGUUUAUCAACAAAGAUACUAGGAGACUCUUAGCAGAGAGGCUGAGGAACGUUCUCAAGGGGGAAACAAAUCUGCAUAUUCCCACAGUUGCUUGUGGUAGCUCAAACUCUUCCAUGCUAGAUAAUAGAAGGGGCAGGCUGGAACAAUCGGUAGGUAACUUGAAGGCUGGAGGUAAGUUGAACUGCUGGGACACUGUAGAAGAUGAACCAGAAAUGCAAACCAGAUCUUUUAGACAAGGGAACGAUGGUGACGCAAUGCAUCAUAGAGAUUUGUCUCCUAGGAGCCUCAUUAGAUCUAUGUCAGCCCCAGCAUCAUCAGGAACAUCAUUUGGGAAGCUACUUCUAGAGGACCGCCACAUCUUAACUGGGGCACAAAUCAGGAGGAAGCAUGAAGUUGUUGAAAGAGUAACAGUGGAUGUAAGAAAAAGGAAGAAGGAAAGGUCCAAUUUGAAAGAAAAAGUUUCCAGCUUGAAAUACAAUUUCUCUCUUAGAGGGAGUCUGUUUGGCAGAAAGAUUCUAUCAGCAGAGGAGCCACAUAUGUAUGAAUGUGAUCCCAUGGAAGAUAUCAUGAGUGGACCAACAGUUAUGUUGAACUUUAGAGAGAGGCAUGAGAACUUUACUGAGGUUCCACCAAGCCCUGCAUCAGUGUGCAGCAGUGUUUACGAGGAGUUAUGGAGGGCAGCAGAUCAUUUUAGUUCAACAUCAACAUCAGAUCUAUCUCCGCUAGAAGAUGUCAUGCUGCCUCAGGUUUUCAGAGAGAUCAGCUCUAAUCUAAAUGAGCUGCGGAGGCAACUGAAUGAACUUGAUGCUGAUGGCCCCAAGGAGACAGUCACCGAAGAGCAGCCCUUGGAAACUGAAAUGGCAGGGUUAGAGGAUGAAGCAGAAGCUUACAUCCAAGACUUGCUUGUUGCUUCAGGUCUGUACGAUGAUUCAUCUGACAACGUUUUAUCAAGAUGGGACCCACUAGCAAAGCCUAUAACCAACGACAUCUUUGAAGCAGUAGAAGAGUCUUACAAGAAAAUGACCAAGGAUAAUGAAGGGUCCAGAAGAGAUCACAAGUUGUUACUUGAUUUGUUAAAUGAAGCACUCUCAGUUGUACUUGGACCACCUGUGACCAUGUCUAGAUUCAGAAAGGCUAUUGGUCCUGCACUACGUCCUCCACGUGGACAGAAGUUAUUGGAUCGUGCAUGGGAGAUUGUUCAUGCACAUCUAUACCCUCCAACAGAUAAAUUUCAUUACUGGCUUGAUGAUAUGGUGGCCGAAGAUCUAGGGUUCACCACAUGGUCAGGGUUGAUGGAAUGAUGACAUUGAUGCUGUGGGGAAAGAGAUGGAAUCCCAGAUUACCGGAUAUCUGAUUGAAGAAAUAGUGAAGGAUAUGCAGAGUCAUAACGGUGUAUAGAUAAGCCUCUUCUUCUGUGUUGUGGCCAUUCUGAUGGUCAGAGGGACCAUGGUAGAGGGUGCAGAAAGUGCUGAAAAUUUUAGCUCGCGAUGUGGGAUCUCUUUCCUCACAGGCAGUGUUAGUUAUUGUAGGUGAGUGUCAACAAAAUAUGGCGUAUCUUUUUUCAUUGGGAAUGGUUGUGAUAUAGGAUAUGGGUUGGUUUGGGGUUCCUUUUGAGUGUAUAUUGAGUUUAUUAUUUGAUACAUUAACUAUUUUCUUAAUUUUUAUUUUAUUUUAUUUUUAUCAAUUUGGCAAUUUAUUGGAUCAGUCUGCUGGACAAUCCCAGAUCAGUAGAAGAUUGUGAACCA